AUGGUACUGCUGGUAAACCAAGAAUUGCUAGAUUUAGUUCAAAAUUUAUUAAGCCCGAUGCCACCAUAUGUUUUAGGCAGCCUACCAGCUAUAGCAACUAUAGGAGCAGCACCAAUGGAGGAUUUUUUUCAAAAACUGAUGUGGUUAUCCCGAUGUCUUGGUUCUCCAUUUAUAGGAUUAUUUUAUACAUGUAACAUUCCGAGCGACAGUACAUUUAUAUUCUGGCUCCCAAAACAUUAUUUUAGAAGGGUAGAAACAGAUAAUGAAAUCCCGUACAAGCCUGUUGGACAUCAUGCCAUGUUGUUAGUUAUGCCCGAGUUCGAACGGAGAUUCGAACAAGCACUCCAAGCGAAUAAAGAAGCGCUAAAAGCAUUGGAUGAAUGCGUAGCAAACGCCUCCGUGUUGGAGCGAUUCUCGUCGUUAGUGGCGGCGUACUACAUAUCUGUGGGUGUAAUUGCCGCAAUAGCAAGGGUGUUUGGACCGGUUGUUUGUGAGGAUUGGCCAUAUAUACCAUUACUAUUAGCUUGGACAUUGCCAGCAAUCUAUAGAAGAAUCGCUCAUGGAAGACUACUAGUCAGAGAUCCUAAGAAAAGGUUAGGAAACGAUAAAAAAUUAUAUGUGAGGAAGUUUGAUCAUUUUCAAGAUAAAGAAUCCAUACAUAUCCGCGUUGUCAUCACUGCUAUAGCGUCAAUAACAGUCCCUUGGUUGGCAGUAGUCAUGGCUUAUAAUACACCGCCUGUUGGAUUUUUUUGUCGGAGCAAAUAUGCCUCAGUAAUUUGUUCCAUAUGGUCGUUCAACAGUUUCCUUGGAUACAUACACCACUUGUUUGAUGAAAAAAGUAAGGUUGCUGAUCAUAUAUUUGGUGUUUGGUGUUCACUUUGUGGCCUUUUUGUGGGCUUUCUUUUGUUCGUUUUUACCCUGCUAGCCAAACAACCAACAUGGUGGGCAGAUCUGUUUGGAUCGGCUUGUGCAUCAUGUUAA